AGGUAUAGUCUAUACGGUGCACGAGACUGAUAAAAAAAACUUGAUUUAUUUCUGAACACUAGCGUUCCAGUGAUCGGAUCAAAUUAUGGCUUCCAAGGAGGUAGUUGAACCACACAUAAUUUUCAUAUAUGAUACUCCAGAUGAGGAGCUUGAAGACACUGCGUGCUCUAUUUUGAAAAAUCAAAUGUUGAUAGAUGCACCAGCAAAAAGAAAAUUCUCUCCAUAUGAAUUUUUCGUUAAAAAGACUGCAUGCUCAUGCAAUAAGGAAGAAAUAAUUUGGAAUAAGUUAGAAAGUAAUAACAGUCGUGAAAAUGAUGAAGAGGAUGAUCCGUGGCCAUCUCCCACACCAAAGAGAAGAAAGAGAUUAACUGCACAUGCUUAUUUUGCCAUUCUAAUGGGAAAGGAAAGCUGGACAAAGACAUCUGUGAUGAUAAAUAAAAGUUGUUGUUAUGAAUGUGUAAAAGAUAAUUCAGUUCAAAGCAGCAUUGGAAGUACCAAACCUGAAAUGAGUGAAUCUGAUGAAAACUUCAAUGUAUUCAAAAUAAAAAAGAAGAGAUUGACUGCUCCAGCUUAUCGAAAGUUUUUGAGAGAAUGUAACAUGAGAGCUAAAAUUUUAAGGGAAUUCAACAAAACCAACAAUCCAAUUCUGAUGUCGGAUGCAUGAAUGCUUAAUGAAGUUUUAGGGAAGAUCAGAUUGCUUUAGUUUCCAAAUAUUCAGAAAUAAUUUUUUGAGGUUAAUCGAUGCAUACAUUUGUUGUUAAAUGACUUUGAGUCUAGGUGGUUUCAUGAACUCUAAUUAGGUUUUGUUGCAUUCAUCAUUUUUAUUGUUUUA